GGGAUCGCCGCGGGCGGAUGGAGGCGCCCAGUCGCCCCGCCUGAGCUCAGGAGGGGCCGGAGCGGCCGCGCGUGGAGCAGCAGCAGCAGCAGCAGCGGGACGAGGACGAGGACGAGGACGAGCGGCUGGUGUCGGGCUUCCCUCGCCGCGGGCGCCCCCAGCAUGGUUGACUAUAUUGUGGAAUAUGACUAUGAUGCUGUGCAUGAUGAUGAAUUAACUAUUCGAGUUGGAGAAGUCAUCAGGAAUGUGAAGAAACUACAGGAGGAUGGAUGGCUAGAAGGAGAACUAAAUGGGAGAAGGGGAAUGUUUCCUGAUAAUUUUGUUAAGGAAAUUAAGAAAGAGACAGAAUCUAAGGAUGACAAUUUGCCCAUCAAGCGGGAACGGCAUGGGAAUGUAGCGAGUCUUGUACAGCGAAUAAGCACCUACGGUCUUCCAGCUGGAGGAAUUCAGCCACAUCCACAAGCCAAAAACAUUAAAAAGAAGACCAAGAAACGUCAGUGUAAGGUUCUGUUUGAGUACAUUCCACAAAAUGAGGAUGAACUGGAGUUGAAAGUGGGAGAUAUUAUUGAUAUUAAUGAAGAGGUAGAAGAAGGCUGGUGGAAUGGAACCCUGAACAACAAGGUGGGAUUAUUUCCCUCAAAUUUUGUGAAGGAAAUAGAGGUAACAGAUGAUGGUGAAGCUCAUGAAGCCCCGGAGGAUUCAGAAACUGUUUUGACUGGGCCUACCUCACCCUCUCUGGGGAAUGGAAGUGAAACUACACCUGGAUCGGCUGCACAGCCAAAGAAAAUUCGAGGAAUUGGAUUUGGUGAUAUUUUCAAAGAAGGCUCUGUGAAACUUAGGACACGAACAUCCAGUAGUGAAAUUGAAGAGAAAAAAGCAGACAAGCCUUUAAUCAUGUCGUCUCUAAGUCCUAAAACUCAAAAUGUGGAGAUUGCUAAAACAGACACUGAAAGUAAAAUUAAAGCUAAGGAAUAUUGUAGAACGUUAUUUGCUUAUGAAGGUACGAAUGAAGAUGAACUUACUUUUAAAGAGGGAGAGAUAAUCCAUUUGAUAAGUAAGGAGACUGGAGAAGCUGGCUGGUGGAAGGGUGAGCUUAAUGGUAAAGAAGGAGUAUUUCCAGACAAUUUUGCUGUUCAGAUAAAUGAAUUGGAUAAGGACUUUCCAAAACCAAAGAAACCACUGCCUCCUGCUAAAGGUCCAGCUCCAAAACCUGACUUGAUAGCUGCAGAAAAGAAAAUGUUUUACUUAAAGCCUGAAGAAAAAGAUGAAAAGUCAACGCUGGAACCGAAACCUUCUAAACCAGCUGCUCCUCAAGUCCCUCCCAAGAAACCCACUCCACCCACCAAAGCUAAUAAUUUAAUGAGAUCUCCUGCAAUAAUAUACCCAAAGCGACCAGAAAAACCUGUUCCCCCACCACCUCCUGUAGCCAAGGUUAACGGGGAAGUUUCUGCUGUUCCAUCUAAAUUUGAAAAUGAGCUGGUAUCAAAACCAAAAGUAGAUUCUGAACAGUUACCACUUAGACCAAAAUCAGUAGACCUAGAUUCAUUUACACUUAGGAGCUCUAAAGAAGCUGAUCUUGUAAAUUUUGAUGACAUAGCUUCUUCAGAAAACUUGCAACAUCUCACUGCAAACAGACCGAAGAUGCCGGGAAGAAGAUUGCCCGGGCGCUUUAAUGGUGGACAUUCUCCAACUCAAAGCCCAGAAAAAAUCCUGAAAUUACCAAAAGAAGAUAGUGCCAAUCUAAAACCAUUGGAAAUGAAAAAGGAUUCAAGCUACUCUCCAAAGCCAUCUGCAUACCCAUCAGCAUCUUCAGUUACUUCUAAAACAAAUAUGACUGCAACUAUAAAUCCAUUAGAAACCAAAGUUAAAGGAGAAACAGAUGACAAGAAUCUCAUACAUUGGAACAGUCCUCAAAUGGAGGAACUUAGAGCUCAGGUUAUUGACUUACUGUGUAUUGUAGAAGCACUGAAAAAGGACCAUGGGAAAGAACUGGAAAAGUUACGGCAAGAUUUGGAAGAAGAGAAAGCAAUGAGAAGUAAUCUAGAGGUGGAAAUUGAGAAGCUGAAGAAAACAGUUCUUCCUUCUUGAAGUGAUAUGAGCCCAGUGUUCUUAAUGAUCGAGGGACUUCCAGAGGAACACUAUGAACUUCAACUGACUUAAUACUUAAAAAUAACAAAUACUGAUGUUAUAAUAAAUAUGAAUAUAUGAACUAUGAUAUCUAUAGAAAAGUGGGGGAGGGUGGAUUUUUUAAAAUAUAUAUAUAUAUUGUUUUGCCAAUAUGAAAAACAGAGGCCUUACUUCUUAUGUGCUGGGAUUGCAAUUUUUUUGUUUGUUUUAGUUUGCUUGGAAAUACUACUGAGUGUAUAAAAAGGAAAGUUCACAAUAUUUUUUUUAUUGAAACUUGUAGUAUUAUUUUUAAAGAGAUCUGUGCUAUAAAUAUGGUGAUAUCUUUACAAAUAAUCUGUAAAAUGUACUAUUUGAGAGGACAAAGAUAGCUUUAUAGUAAGUAGAGUCACUACUUUCUCCCGUAAUACAUACAGAAUAUAAACUUUGUGUGUAUAUGUACACACACACACACAUAUAUGCGUACAUAUAUAUAUUUUUACUUUUAGCUUCUUACCCAGGAUUACACUGUUGUGCCUGUUUGUUUGUAGUGCUGUUUAUACUGUGGGUGAUGGAAUAGGAGAUUCCUAGCUAUAAACCAGAUUACACAGCCAUGUAUAUCUAAUUAAAUUAAAAAAUAAUUUCAACUUUAAAAGUAUUUUAUAUUGCUUGCACUAUAGGAUUCGUAAAAGGAAUUUAGUUAAAAUGGAUUUGUAAAAUACUUUUGGGAAAAUAUGAAUUUAAAAUACUUUAAAUUCAUCAGGUCCUAGAAACUAAAAAUUUCAAAUACUUAACCCUUAACUUAACUUGUGCCUGAAGGUACAGCACAUCGGAUAUGCAAACACCAGCCUUAUUGCUGUACUUUCCUGCUUAUCUUACAGGUUUUAAGUAUUACUCAUUUUACGAUCUUAGGAUUUAGUUCUUCACGCCCCUUCCUCUGGUUUUUGUUUUAAUGGCAUUUGGAAAGCUAAGCUCAAAUUUAAAAAAACUUCAUUUUGAGUUUUCAUACUUUGAUCAAGGUAAGGAACUCAGGUUUUCCAUUCUGGAGAUCUUUGGACUGUCACUCAGGUACCACAUUUAUAAAGAGUUUCUUUCAAGCUAGAUGUAGUAGACCAUGUUAAAAAUGCAUUAUCACAAAAUGGAUAAACUAACAGUUUUUUUUUCUCAUUAUUUAGGAACAGUUAGAUAUUUUUAAACGCCCUAGCUGUAGAUAACAUGUCUAAAAUGUGGAUUCUAUUAAACAGUGAAAAAUUUUACUUCAAUAUGAAAGAAAUUACGGUUGAAGCUUUAUCAUAGCAGAUGACUUUCACUUUUUGAAUACCAACUCUUCCUUCAUUUUAUUUUCCUCACAGAAUCAAAAUUUUCCCUUUAAGUUUAAAUCUUAGAGUACUGAAUUCGGCUGUCGAUGAAUUUUUCUCAUGUUUCAAAUAAAAGUACUGAAGGAGAAGCUAACAGAAUUCUAAUAAAAUUUGUAUGCUCAAUUUUCACACUUAAGCAUUUUGUGGGAAGCCUGGUUGUGCAUUUAGUAUGUAAAGUGUGACUCUUUAAAUUGUUUGCGUUCUUGGGCUAGAGACAUAGCUUAGAGUAGAGCAUCUGCCUUGAAUUUGGAGAACCUUGGGGUCUGUCAUGGUUACUGACAAAAAGACAAAAACAAAAAUUUACCUCCUUGAUCUCUUAUGAUAGUUAGGUCACUGUUGAACCAAAUCUUUUCCUCCUGUUUUUUUUUUCUUCCUUUUUUUUUAAGGUGUUGUGGGUUAUACCCCGGUGCCUCACAGACGCUUGCAAAAUUUCUCUGCCACUGAGUUAUAUCCCUGACCCUCUAAUGUUUGUAAAGGACUUUAAAAAAAUUAUAUUUUAUUUUCUUUGAAUGAAGCUCCUUAGGUAGAAAUUCAACAGUGUAUUUAAAAAAAAACCAACCAUCCUUGAGGGAGCCCUGCUAAUAAAUGGUUGGGGGGUAGGGGCAUGGCGGAUUCCAGUAGAUUUUAGGUUCUUCUGAACCUGAAAGUUCUGCCAUAUUUUCUCACGCAUAAAACCAAAGAUAGUCACGAGUGCCCAAACACAUUCAGUGUAUUUGUAAAUCCCUUAAGCUAGAAAGGUAAUUGAAGUACUGUAUAUUUUUUGCCUUUGACCAAAUAGUAAAGAAAACCAAACUCAUGUAAGGGGGAAAGUGAUUACUUAAUCUAGCAGUUUAACAGUAUUUGCUCUUGAUAGGGGAAAUUUAAUGUCAGAGUCAUAAAAUUCUUAUCUCAGAAUGGUGUGUAAUAACAAUAAUAUUCUUUGUUUGGGUGUAAAUCAUUGAUUCUUUUCUUGUGAGGGAGCAUAAAUGACAGACUAGCGGUGACGAGCAAGAAGUCUGCCAUUGCCAAACUAUUAGUGAAUGUAUUGUUCAAAUUCGCCUUUUGUUUGAAACCAACAUUCCUGAUUUUUUUGUUUUAUUUCGGUAUUAGGAGUAUUUGUCUGUGGGUUCAUCUGUUCAUUUUUCUGACCACUAAGACUAAAGCUGUUACCUCUUUAUACAAGUUAAGACAGGAAGAGAAUGGUAUAAGAUUCUCUCUCUUUUUUUUAAUGCUUCUUACUGUGAUCUGAGAAACGUACUCAAGUGCUCUUUAGAUUUGUUGAUAAACAUUUAUAUGCUUGCAUUUGAAUUUGAAAUGUAUGAACAGAAUGACAAUCAGUUAAAAUCAGAAAUGAGAAGUGUUAAAGUGUGAAGGCCUUGUUUUCCUGUAGCAAUAAAGUGACCAAGUGCAA